UAGUAAUUAGAGUUGAAUUAUUGGAAAUGGGUACUCUUGGAUGCUUGAGGCAUUGGCCUCAGGUGAUUUAUGCUAUAGUAUUUUGCCUCAUAGCCACUAAUGUGGUAGCUGAUAAGCUUUACUUCUUUGGUUUGCAACCAUUGGCCCAACAUGAAGACCACCAGCCCCAUAAUCAUUUGCCACCUCCAUCUCACGACCAAGAACCUCAUCCCCCAAGCUAUCACACAUCACCUCUGCUUGAAGUUUUUAAAACACUACCUCCACUGCCAAAAUUUCCUCUACCUCCAUUGCCAAAAUUUCCACUACCACCACCAUCUCCUUCACCUCUACAGCCAAAAUCUCCACCACCACCAUCUCCUUCACCUCCACCGCCAAAAUCUCCACCACCACCACCACCAAAAUCUCCAUCACCUCCACCACCACCAAAAUCUCCCCCUCCACCACCACCAAAAUCAUCACCACCGCCACCACCUCCUUUAGUAUCCCCUCCACCACCUCCAUCUCCAUCACCUCCACCACCAAAAUCUCCACCACCACCAAAAUCUCCAUCACCUCCACCACCUUCGAAAUCUCCACAACCACCACAACCAAAAUCUCCACCACCACCACCACCAUCACCAUCUCCAUCACCUCCACCACCAAAAUCAUCACCACCGCCACCAUCUCCAUCACCUCCACCACCAAAAUCUUCACCACCACCACCACCACCACCAAAAUCUCCAUCUCCUCCAAAAUCUCCACCACCACCACCAAAAUCAUCCCCACCACCACCACCUCUCUCACUAUCUCCUCCACCACCAAAAUUUCCACCACCACCACCUCCAAAAUCUCCAUCAACUCCUCCACCACCAAAAUCUCUACCACCACCACCACCAAAAUAUCCACCACCACCACCAAAAUCAUCACCACCGCCACCACCAAAAUCUCCUCCACCACCUAAAUGAUCUCUACCACUACCACCAAUAAUUAUCUCAUAAGAAUAAAUGCUUCCUUAUUUGGAUGUCGAAGUGUGGCAAAGUUUGUUAUCUUUGUAUUUACAAAUAUGUAUUUUAAUGAAUAAUGAUCUCUAGUAGAGAUCGUGAAUCUGUGUAUGAAGCACUCAAUGUAUCAAACUAUUUGAAGCAAUGUGAC